AUGCCGAGACUCACGCAGUACAACUAUGUGUUCGGCAUAGGCACUUUCUUUGCCUUGCUCGAUGCGUACAACAACGGUGCCAACGAUGUCGCCAACUCCUGGGCCACGUCGGUCUCGUCCCGCUCCGUCAGCUACCGCCAGGCCAUGGUCCUUGGUACCAUCUUUGAAAUGGUCGGCGCCAUCACGGUCGGUGCCCGUACCGCUGAUACUAUCAAGAACGGCAUCAUUCCCCUGAAUUCCUUCAAGGGCGACGCCGGUGUUCAGAUGUUGGCAUUCACUUGUGCUCUCGCUGGUGCUUCCAUCUGGGUCAUGUGGUGCACCAGGCACUCUGCCCACGUUUCGUCCUCCUACUCGCUCAUCUCGUCCGUCGCUGGUGUCGGUGUCGCUGUUGCUGGCGCCUCAAAGGUCCAUUGGGGAUGGAACAAUGGCAAGGGUCUUGGUGCUAUUUUCGCUGGUCUUGGAAUGGCUCCCGCUGCUUCCGCCUUCUUCGGUGCCACCAUCUUCAUGUUGAUCAAGGUCACUGUGCAUCUGCGCAAGAACCCAAUCCCGUGGGCUAUCUGGACCGCACCGUUCUUCUUCCUUAUCGCCGGUACCAUCUGCACACUUUCCAUCGUCUACAAGGGGUCGCCUAACCUUGGCCUGAACAAGAAGCCCAAGUCAUUUAUCAUUGGUGUUACACUGGGUACUGGUUUCGCCCUUGCUCUUCUCUCUUUCCUCUUCUUCGUUCCCUACCUCUACGUUCGUGUCGUCAAGCGUGACUCCAGUGUCCGCUGGUACCACGUCUUCAUGGGCCCUCUUCUCUUCCGUCGUCCAGCUCCUACUGGAUCAGAAGCCGCAGUUGUUCCUAACUACGCUGUCGUCCAGCACGACGAUGUGGACGUCAAGGUGAAGAGCGGAUCUCUCAACGGUUCUGACGACGAAAUCACUCCCGUUCACGAGAAGGGUGUCGAUGUCACCGAGACCAGGGAACUCAGUUACAAAGAGCUCGUUGAACAAGGCCAGGAGCGUUUCCACAACAAGCUCCGUGCUAAGAAGGGUCCUCUCGGUUGGGCGAUGCGCUAUCUCCACAACAACAAGAUCAAGAGUGGCGAGGUCUAUGAGAGGCAGAACAUGCUUAUCACACUUAAGCGCAUUCCUGCCAUGAUCGUUGUCGGUGCUUUGUACGGCGUCAACUACGACAUCCACGCCGCGCAGACAGGUAUCCACGGAACUCCCGAGGGCAAGCGUAUGGAGCGUGUGUACGGCCAUGCAAAGAAGUACUCUAACGAGGUCGAACACACAUACUCCUUCGUCCAAGUUAUCACUGCCUGCACUGCUUCUUUCGCUCACGGCGCGAACGACAUCGGUAACGCCGUCGGUCCUUGGGCUGUUAUUUACUCUGCCUGGAACACUGGCAAUGCCUCUGCAUCCAAGCUUCCGGUCCCGGUCUGGCAACUCGCUGUCCUGUCCGGUACUCUUUCCCUUGGUCUCAUCACAUACGGAUACAACAUCAUGAAGGUCAUGGGUAACAAGAUCACCUACCACUCGCCUAGCAGAGGUUGCUCCAUGGAAAUGGGUGCCGCUAUCACCGUCCUCAUCUUCUCGCAGUACUCGCUUCCCGUGUCAACGUCCAUGUGCAUUACAGGUGCUACCGUCGGUGUUGGUCUCUGCAACGGUUCGCUCAAGGCCGUCAACUGGCAGCGAGUCGGCCUCCUCGUCUUCUCCUGGAUCAUGACAAUCCCCAUUGCUGGCACAAUCGGUGGCGUCACUAUGGCUAUUCUGCUCAACGCUCCUCACUUCCGUUAA